AUGGCGGGUGGGGAUUUUGUGCCUCGAAACAUCGCCGGCUUGAAUGUUUUCAAGGGAAUUGCUUAUGGACCUGCUAAAUAUCUAUCAAAACGUAGACAGCGUCACCGUAUGAUGACCCAACAAGAAAUGGAUAAUUAUAAUGACAAGGUUACCCAAACCAUGGGUUUUGACGUCGACGGCUGUACCGGCUCUUUGUACGGCCGCAUUAUACCCAUUCCCCGUCCCUCCGAGGAUUGGGAAUGUGUUACUAUUGUUGCUGAAUACGCAGUUGAGAAACAUUUUGAAGAUGGGCCACGUAAUUAUACUACUAUCUCCGGAAAGCGUUUGAAAUUUGUAUCUCUCGAUAAAGCCAUCCAUCAGCCGGCUUCUGGGACGAUGUAUUACGUUACGUUUACUGCCACGGUUACCACUGAUGGAUGCGCAAAAAUCUACCGUUCUAAGGUGUGGCAUAAGGCUGGUCUUCAAGGUCUACAAUUGAUGUCCUUUGAGGAAUAUAAACCACUUACUCCGUCUCUUAAGGGAUCAUCAAAGGCUAAAAAGGGAAAAUCUGUGCUCAAAACUAUGUCAAUGGCGGAAGAAAGUGAAGUGAAAUCAAAACCACUAGGCAAAAGAAAAAUCGCAAUUGAGAAAAUAGAAGACAAAGCAAGGAAACAAGUUACGUUCACGAAACGAAGGAAGGGUGUUUUCAAGAAGGCUAGUGAAUUAUGCACCUUAUGUAACGCAGAAGUCGCGGUCCUUACAUUCUCUGGCGCGGGUAAAGUCUUUUCUUUUGGCCAUCCAAGUGCUGAUGAAGUCAUCAAUAGGUACAUUAAUGGUUCAAAGUCAUCGUCUUCGUCGUUGUCGUUAGACUCGUCAAGUGUUACAAACGAGCAUGUAGGCAAAGAGAAGUUAUUGCACGGUGCAACAUGUAGUGAUGAGCAAGAUUUGUGUUGGUGGCAAAAGCCUGUUGAAGGGUUAGGGUUGGAAGAACUUGAGAAAAUUAUGACUUCUUUAAUUGAAUUAAUGAAUAAUGUUGCAUCUAAAAUUGGUAAUUGUUGGAGUAACAAUAAUAAUGUUGGUUCUUCGGCAAAUACUCCAAAGUCUGGUUUAGAUCUUAACGAGGCAUACAGUCCAAAGAGCAAUGGAGCUGAUGAGUAGUUUGUAAAAAAAUUCACGAUUCAAUUUCGUUGCAUAAGCGUAUUUUUAGUUUGAUUUUAUCUUCUUUUCGUUUUCAUAUGAUUGAUUAAUAGCAUGUUCAAAGUUGUGAUUUUACAGACAUUCGAAAAUUUGGGGUCUUGUAAUGUACUCCGUAAUAAUUAAUUACUUCUAUAUGUGAUUUAUUGAUUUUUUUUUUUUUAUUUAUUUAUUUUUUUGUAUUUUUUUUGGUGUUUAGGAAGCCAUAAGAGGGAGUAAUGAAAAUUGAUCCCAAAAUCUCUUAGAAUCAAGGAAGCUCUAACCACUCAAGCUAUUCCCCACAUCAUUGAUUGAUUUAAAUUUGAGAUAGGAAAUCCUUAACUUUAAUUUAGAAGUUUUUGUUUUGUUAUUAAUAUUUGACUAUCUACUAAGUAAUAAAAUCAAGGUAAGAAGUUAAUUUUAUACUUUGGACUUUAAUAAUCUAAGCCCAAAUUCAGUUAGUCCAUUCCCUAAUUAAGGACCACAAGAUCCAUAGCUUUAUAAACAUUUUAUUUGGAAAGGACCCACUAUUAUUUUAUAAUUUUUUUUGCUAAUAUUAAAUUUAGAAUGUAUGACUUAUUGAGAAAAUAACACUAUUGUAAUAUACUUUUAACACCUCGACUAAUUUUUACCCCGACUAAUUUUGCAACCGCUUAAUUUCUCACAAACUAAUUAAGGAAAUUAAGCUAAGAAUGGACCAUGAUCACUCCCCAAUUCACAACACUAUGAAUAAAUGAAUUUGUCCUUGAAAGUAAGAGUCUGCAACAAGGUAAACUAAUAUUCUACGUAUAUAUACAGCUACUUUUUGUCCAAUUGAAUCACAUUUAGCAUGAUAGUAUGAUAAACUCUUAAAUCCCAAAAAAAGAAAAAUAUGCAUAAAUAAAAGGGUAGAAGAAUUUAUUAAAAGGCAAUAAAUGAUGGUUUGGUGCAUACAGUAAAAGAUGUUGAUUGAUCACUUCUACUACUUCAACAGUACAUUAUUCAUCCGAGGAGACAUAUAUAAAAUUGAUCAUCUUCAUAUAUAUUUUCAUAUUUGUAAAUUUAUUUUACAAAAAAAUCUUAAACUUUUUCUUUAAAAGUCUCAAAUUUACACUCAACAGCAUUCCCUUUGUCCCUCUUUCAGUUUCUCUAAGGUCACCUUUCAAACUAUUUAUAUAUAAAUAAAUGGU